CUCUCGGGCCUCCGAGUCGACGCCGGCUUUGGAGCUGUGCUUCCUUGAUGGAUCGCGGCCGCUCAAUCGAUUGACCACACCAUUGUUGCUGGGUCCAUGGUCUCUGUGGCUGUAUCCGGGAAACCCUAUUUUCUCCUAUGUCUCUGCAUGAUCAUGUUGUGUUUCAUUCGAAAGCUCGGAGAUGUCAAUUGUUGCUGCGUCGCGGCUAGCAAAGCGCCGAUGCGGAUAUCAUGAAGUCAUGCCGUGAGCGCGUGUGGCCAGAGCUUCCCGAAUGUUCAACUUGAUCUUUUGAUCCGGCUGUCCUCAUACAUCAGACAAGCACAAGAUGAUUCUCACACAAUGCAGACGGACGAUGCUGUCGCCGGCGUUCUCGGCAUGCCGUCGUUCAAUCUCUACUCUCCCAAACAACCCCCAUAUUUAUGUACACCCGCAAUCGCCCACGGUCAAUGUUCUGUCUUUCCUUCCUACGUCGCCUCCCACCGGAUCCCUUGCCAUCGGUGUCACAUCACAAAUCCCUCCUACGCCGGACUCGUUGCGCGAGAACCAAUCGUUCAUGAAGGUACUCCAAUCUGUGAUACGAGAGCAUGCGACCAAGGACCCGGAAGUCGUUGGCCAGGCACAAGCAUAUGCCAGCUCAGCUGGAUCAUCCUUGGGGUCGGGAGGUGUCUUCUUCCCUCAGUCGCAACACAAGCGCAGCAAGAGACGCGGCGGUGGAGCUAGCACUGGCGGCGAUGGUGCUGGAGGAGCGUCUGCACAAGGUGGUGCUGGAGGCGCGGGGAGAGGAGGAUACAUUCACGUCAGUGAUCAGAGGAAUCCUCCCGACUAUGGCCGCAUCUCAUGGCCCGAGGACAUAUUCGGCAGUCUCGAAGUUGACGCGGCCGGCAAUUUUGUGGGCGAGCACGGCAGCUAUCAAGAGAGUGGAACGUACAGAUGCGUUACACGGGAGGGAAUUCUUGGACUUAGUCCUUACCUUCGCGAGAGGCUCAUCGAGAGACUCAAGCAGCUUGAAGCUGAGAAGGGUCAAUAAAGCGCAACAGCUUCUUCUCCAUGCUGUGUGCAAGGAUGAUCCGGCCUUCAUGAUUGAGGAGUCGUAGGG